GCAUGGACGCCGGGAAAGUAUCGCACGGUACCGAAACCGCCGAAACUGCCGCAACCCCAAAGCAGCCCUGUUAACCUGUUGUCCUCCACAGACAAAGCAGAUGGUGCAAACCACAGGUGCAAACAUUUGUUUAUUCGUGUUGUAACGAAACUAAAGCGACCGCCAGAGAAGAAAACGAUGCGCACGAAUGCCAAGACCGAGGUCUGGUCCGAGCACCUAGUGCUGGUUCCUUACCAAGAGAAGCACGUCGAGAGGUAUCACGAGUGGAUGAAGGACCCUCACCUACAGGAGAUGACCGCCUCGGAGCCCCUGUCGCUGGCCGACGAGUAUGCCAUGCAGAAGUCGUGGUUGGAAGACGACGACAAGUGCACAUUCAUUGUCCUCGACAGAAAGCAGUACGAGGAGUCCAGUGACGAAGUAGGAGCGAUGAUCGGCGAUGUCAACCUGUUCUUCAACAAUCAAGACAACAAUCGUGAGGCUGAGCUGGAAGUCAUGAUUGCGGAACCUUCGAAUCGCGGGAAAGGCAGAGGAAAAGAGGUCCUCCGUUUGAUGAUGCGAUACGGAAUUGAAGUGCUUUGUGUGGGGCUCUUCACAGCCAAGAUCAAGCUAAGUAACACAGUCAGUCGGAAGCUCUUUGAGAGUCAAGGCUUUAUUCUGACCUCUACGAGCAGCAUAUUCCAAGAAGCAACAUACUCCCUCGAAGUGGACGAACAGUUUCAAGCCAGACUCCGCGACUCCACUCCAGCUUACAAUCUCAAGUUGCGGCACUGACCCGUCUGAGCUGGUCUUUCCUGACUUUCCAUUCUUCGAGCGUCGCAAAAUCUUCGCAACACGGUGCAGGACACCGUGACAGUGUGGGCUGCUGUUCUAGUCCCCGGGGAACCACCACGUGGACUGCCGUCAUUGCGACCGAACCCGUAAUAAAUGCCCGCCGCGUCGAGCGUUGCUUCUCAGAGUUCUCGGAGUUGCGCUUUUGAAUUUGCGCAGAUGGUGCUGGAGGCUUCCACCCGGUGCCCCGCCUGAAGGUGUGUUCCUUUGUGGCUUCCAGACGGCUGCACAGAUUCGUGCAAUAAUGUCUAUCCUCAUGUCGUUUUAACGCUUUCUUCUUUCACUGUACCACUACGAGGGGGUGAUGAGAAGCAACCGGAAUGUAUCUCCCAUUGAUGUCGGCCCAACUUGGGGCCGACCUAAAAUCUGAGAGUUGGUCACCUGACCUUGAGGAUAUGCAGCGAGGAGGAAAGCGAGGGCCGCUUUCUCACCAGGGUUGCAGCCACUGCAAGUCAAGAGAGCCGACACGGCCACGGGUCAGUACGCCGAAACGUUCGGAAGAAGGACGAGACGGACAUCAUGACAGCUUGCAGCGUUAGUGUAGUGGCCGUGCGACGUCACAUGCGGGACUUCAGGAAGUGCCGGACGCGUCGGAACGUGCAACCCAGCGUGCCAUGCUUGCGUGUGUUGCCGUUGGGAAAACCAGGGACAGUGCACUUGGGGGAGGGGGGGAAGUGUCAAGCCACCACCAGGGUUGAACAGAGGUUGGAGGAGGGAGAGGGGUUAGACCUACCAAACACUUUGGGGGUUUCUUACAUUUCCAACGAUGCUUUUGCAUGGCCUAAAUGUAUGAUAUCAUCUCUUGCCAACUUCUAGGUACACUAUCUUGGUGCAACAUGAGAAUUUAUGCCUAUAAAUGUAAGUGAAACAAAGAGCUUUGUUAUAAAUCCGGUUAGGCCAAAGUGGUUUGUGAUCGAUACAAUGUAGUCAUAUCC